AUGGAUAAUACAAAAAAGACAUUGCAACAGAGUAUAAAGAGUAGGUUAGAUCAGUUGUUAAUGGAGAUGCUGAAGAUAAUAUGUAAGGGUAAAGCUUUACUAGAAACAGAAGUUAAGAAAAAGUUAAUAGAAAGGCUUGCAAUGAAGAUGAUUGAUAAAGUAAAAGAGAAAGAUGUUAAGUAUAGUAAUAAAGUUUUUGAAGAAAAUAGUUCAGACAAUAAUGUAGAAAGUUGUGAGUAA